AUGGCGACCGCUGAGCCCAGCGAGCCUGCGGUGAGGGCGUCUUUCCCGGCACCCCGGCCCAGUGGGACCGGAGCUGCAGGGCCGCCCACCGAGCGAAGCGGCAUUGGAGCCCCCUGGCUGGGGAAGCGGAACCCGGCGGCUGUGGAGAAGCGGGGGCCGUACAUGGUGGCGCGCGUGCCUUCCAGUCAGGCCAAGCUGCAGAAGCACCGGGACCUGGCUAAGGCAGUUCUGCGGAGAAAAGGCAUGCUGGGGGCCGCGCCGAACCGCCCCGACUCUUCAGGGAAAAGGUCAGUGAAGUUUAACAAGGGCUAUACUGCUCUUAGUCAGAGUCCAGAUGAAAACCUGGUGUCCCUCGACUCUGACAGUGAUGGGGAGCUGGAAUCCAGAUACUCCUCCGGGUAUUCCUCUGCAGAGCAGGUGAACCAGGAUGUGAGCCGGCAGCUGCUCCAGGAUGGGUACCACCUGGAUGAGAUUCCAGAUGAUGAGGACUUGGACCUCAUUCCCCCCAAGCCUAUGACCGCCUCAACAUGCUCCUGCUGCUGGUGCUGUCUUAGGGAUGCUUCCUCCUGUACCCUCCAGUAG